CCCUCCGGCUCCCUGGCGGCGCUUUCCGAGCGCGUCUCUCGUACACGCUGGUGCGGGCGCCGGAGGCUGCGGCGCCGAUGCUUUGGCGCGUGCUCCCCAACGAGAAGCGAUCGCACGGCCGAGAGAGACCGGCGGUGACGGGCGCCGGUACGGCACGACGGGAGUCGCCGUCAGCGGAACGUCGCUGCGAGAAGGACGACGUCGCCGAGCCCGGACAACACGACGUCAAGCCGGCGACCGGCUUCACCGUCUCCUCCGCUUUUCGGCGCGUUUUCGGAAUGACCCUUGACUGACGACGAGCGAAUGAGAGCCACCUGAUAUACGGCCCAUCCCCUCCCAACCGCGAAGCCACCCUCUCCUGUCCAUCAGCUCUGCGUUUCUUCUUCUUUCUCUUCAUCUUUUUUGCAUACAUUCAUACGUUCACAACAAGCGUCUCUGCUUUUGUUUUCACUAGUUCCGAAAGUUCUGCUAGCAACCUUCACCGAAUCCACUGACCGGAAACUGUCUCCUUAUCGAAUUGUGCAUAGCACUUUCAUCAGCGGCGUGUUUCGAGGAUUCUCUCGUUUCUUUAUUUCUCUAUGAAAACUGCGAGUGAUGCCGCCGCUCAGCGUUGUGUUUGUGGUGCGCGAUAAGGACGUGCGAGCCGGCAGCGUCAGACGUGCAGUGGGGCGGGUGCACGCGAGCGUGCGAGUUUGGUGAUGCCUUCCGAUGCCUAAGACGUAUACUUGACUACGCCCUCGCGGACGUUUAAGCAAAGAGAAAAAGAAAGCACGCUGUGUAGUAGUCGGCCAAGAACCCUCAUUCCUGUGCUUUGCAUACCCCCGUAUUAGCCCCUCCAAGCGAAGACCUGUCGCCAGCUGUGUAUAGUGCUAAGAUAGAGUGAUUCGAAAAGAAGUCUUGAAAUAGCAAACACUCGGUACAUCGUUUCAAGAAAGGAUAGCGUCAAAUGUUAAAAGUUAAAAUCAGGAUGCUCAUGAAUGCUUGAUUAGGUUUCGUCGUACCGGGACUUUUCGCUACGGGGAUUGGUCACAUCCAGAAAUCGGUGGAGAGAACUGAACAGAGACGAGGAUGAUGUUCGUUUAAGAAAUCUGGUAUUUCGUAUAGAAGUAGAACAUUCAGGUGCGCGAAAAAUUGGUAUUCUCUACUGGCCAACCAAAGAAGUCUGCACAAGGAAACCGCCCUUGUUCGUCACCGGUGCACGAGAACACUCGGGGAUUCCCCCUGGGUGCCCACGGAAUCCUUCUUUUCGUCCGGGGCUCCACGCCAGCAGCGUCGCAGUCGCAUUCACAGCCGGCUGCGGGCCGCCCCUCUCUUUGUGGCGACGAUGAGUGAGCCAACAGUCGCGCGCCGUGUGUCGUCGGCCAUUCCCAGAAAGACUCGUGACCCCGUCGUGGUGGCGGAGGAGCGCCUCGACGCUGUUUCCAACCUCGGCUUCUGCCGCCCUCUCCACGUCGCGCGACGAAGACCCGUCGUCUUAGGCUUCCCCCGCUAAGAAUUACCAGGCCGCGAGGCCGUAGUAGGAGACCAUGAAUCGCUGCCGCGACUCACGCGCCUGACGUUGUUUCCACCAUCCACGUACCGCCUAAAUCCCUUGGAACGACCGCGUGCGUCCUUCUCAUAGUGUUCCGUUAGUGAUGCCGUUCUCCCCGAGACCUGCCUCAUCACGACGAGCCGCCGACUCCGCCGGCGACCGUCGCUCAACGUCGUCGCCGAAGUCGGCGAGACCUCGGUUCGCGGCUACCCUGAGUAGGCUGGCGCUUGUGUGGAUUGCGACGUGCUCCUUGCUUCCGGAGGCAGCCGCAUUGCCACCCGUCAUCAGAGUCGGAGGCCUGUUCGACAAUGCGGACGACGAGCAAGAGUUCGCCUUCCGCGUCACCAUCGAGCGUAUCAACAACGACAACGGCGUGCUGUUGCGCUCGCGGCUGGUGCCGCGCAUCGAGCGCCUCGACAAGGACGACAGCUUCAGGGCCACCAAGAAAGCAUGUAGUGAAAUACGGAACAUCUCUCUUAGUUACUGCCAGCGGGACGACCUCUCCAUCAACCUCUUCCCCAAGCCCGCGGUGCUGGCCAAGGCGUACGUAGACCUCAUCAAGACAUGGGGCUGGAACAGGUUCGCCCUCGUCUACGAGGACCACGAAGAUUUCUCGCUAUCAAACAGCCGCAAGACAUUGCGGAGAAGAACGGCACUCUAG